GGCGGAGUUUGCGCCUCGUCCUGGCGGCGGGACAGGGCGGUGCGGAGCGCGGCUGGGGUGAAGAACCGGCGGAGCCCCGCGGGGCUCCCGCCCUCCUGGGCUGGACGGAGAGGCCGUGCCCGGCAGCGGGAAGCUGCUUCUGCUCCGCGGUGAAAGCGAUUCUGCGGUAGUGACGGGCAUUACAGGUGAAGAUGCAGGAGCCUGACCUGGUUGCAAAAGCACUGCGAUCUGUUCUUCAUUCCAGUAAACAUGGCAUACCCUUGUCAGAGCUUCAGGAUGAAUACAGAUCACUAACUGGUGAAUGGAUUCCCUUCAGACACCUAGGGUAUGCCACACUGGAAGCCUAUGUGGCAAGCAUUCCUGAAGUGGUCAGGAUCGAGAGAAAUCAAACAGGAGAGGUGACUUGCCAUGCUGUUGCUUGCCCUGAGACCAUGCAGAUUGCUCAACUCGUAGCCCGACAGAGCAGUUCAAAGAAGAAAACAGGAAAGCAAGUGAACUGCCGGAUGAGGCUGAAGAAUACAUCUCCAGUCACACCAGUAGGAAGGCCGGAAGGAACUUUGCGGCAACCCAGGUCACUGAACACACUGGAAGAAGGCAGCAAGAAGCCCAUCCCUCGUGUGCCGAGAGGCGGAGGUGUACUAUGCGUCACAACAAAUCCUACCACGGAGAGUGCCUGGUCUGCCCCACCUGCAGCCACAGGGAGUGGGUUGCCUAGAGAGAUCCCCAUGCAGAGACAUGUCACGCUUGUCAACAGGUCUGAGAAGAGACCAACUGUCUCACCACGGUUUCAAAAGGAGCUGCACGUUCACCUGUCCAGAAGGCCUUCCGUUGAUUCAAAUGAUAACUUGAAUACAUCUGGUGUGGAGACGCAUACUGUCGCCUCUGGCCGUUCUGUUCCUAACAUCAGUGAAAUUCAAAACCGCAUUAAGGAGAUUUUGAGCAAGUACAGAAAUGGUGUUUGGCUGUCGAAGAUAGCACAGGUUUAUGAGGAAACGUACAGGGAGGAGCUUAGUACAACAGUGCUCCGUCAGCUUGAGCACUGGCCACAUGUGUGCACCGUGGAGAAAGUGCGCACAGGUGAUCAGACAUACAGAAUCCUUUAUCCUUCUAAAAGAAUACCACCAGCAGUGAAAAGCAACACAGAGCAAGACCAGGCAUCUCAGAAUGUUACACCUUCAAAAGCGGGCCCAGUGCUAAAAACAAGCAGGGAGGCUGAGUCUGCUUCAUGUAGUAGUGACUUCAAGCAAAAUGUUGUUAAUAUCUUGGUGAAAUAUCCCUGUGGUCUCUGGGCUGAUGCACUUCCCAAACUGUACCAAGACGCUUACCAACGAAAAUUUCCAGAAGGCAUUCUCAAUAAUCUACAGUUGCUCUCAGAUGUAUGCGUAGUGGACUAUGUAUCUAAUGUCCCUCAAAAGGCCAUCCUCUAUGUUAAAACCCAAAGUUGCACUGAUGAGAAUCUGAAUGUCACUGAGAAAGUCCAGAUCCCUGAUGGCGCGAAGGCCACAGCUGAACAACAGCACGAGGAAUCCAAGGAGCAGUAUCCAGAAAGCAUAUCAUCUGUUCCUCCUUUGGUUAUACCAUCAGAAGGACCUGUAUCUGUCUUGGUGAUAGAUGUGAACAACCCUAAUGAGCUUAUCAUUAGAUAUGUGGGCAAAGAUUAUUCUGGUGCUCAGGAACAAAUGGAAGAUAAAAUGAAAGCAUACUAUAGUAAGAAUUCCACUGCGUCACAGAUUACUUUUCCAAGCGUUGGGCAACUUGUUGCUGUACACACUGAAGAAGAAGCCUGGCUCCGUGCUCAGAUAAUUUCUGUGGAGGAUAAAAGAUUAAAGGUAUACUGUGUUGACCAUGGCUUCAGUGAGGUUAUUGAAAGCAGCAGGGUGUGCAAACUCCAUAAACAGUUCUGUUCACUUCCAUUUCAAGUUGCAAAGUGUAAACUGGCAGGGCUGGAAGUAUUCUCUGAUGAUCCUCUCGUACUAAAGGCUGUAGAAUUGCAGGCAUACCACAAAAUAUGUGCUGUGGAAAUACUGGAAAGGAGUGAUAUUCCUGUCUUUGUUCUGUAUGACACUUCUGGAGAAGAUGAUAUCAACAUCAAUGCAACGUGUCUGAAGGCUUUGUAUGACAAGUCUUUUGAACUGAACCUACAGGUAGAUACACUAUAUACGAAUGUCAGAGUAACCAGUAUUCUCUCAGAUGGAAACAUGUAUUGUCAGCUGCCAUCAGAAGGCUUGUCUAAGCUUUCUGAAGUCUUGCAGAAGAUAGAAUACUAUCUACUUCACCAGGAGACAUCUGAGUUUAAUGUGUCACAACCUUACUGUGGCAAAAUCUGCUUGUUUCUUUGCAAAGGAAAAUGGACACGUGUAGAGAUAACAAUAAUUCACAGUAGACGGGCGCUUGGUGUUCGCUUCAUAGAUACUGGAAGAGUUGCAUAUGUAAAAGUAACGGACCUUAGAGAAAUCCCUUCGCAGUUCCUGAGAGAAGUAAUCAAAAUCCCUCCCCAGGCUAUAAAAUGCUGCUUAGCAGAUCUCCCUCCUGACACUGGCAUGUGGACUCCUGAGGCUGUGCUAUGGCUGAGAGACAAUGUAAUGGAUUAUGCUGAAUUCAGCAUGCAGGUGGUUAAACAGGAUGGUUCAAAGGGAAUUGCACACAUUUACUUGUUUGCUCCGGAGGAUUUCCCAAACAUGGAUCGUAGUAUCAAUCGUCGGAUUAUAAAUGCAGACUUGUGGAAGCAUCAGAAAGAUGUUUUCUUGAGCGUCACACCCACAGGGUCUAGCUCCACCAAAGUGACAGGAGAUGCAGCUCUACAUUUAAAUCAGGGAAGGCUAGAGAAGAGUGAUUCACUGGAGCCUGCAGUGGAGUCCAGAGGUGUAGAGUCUGCCACUGAUGUGCCACCACCUCUACCCUUGUCAGAGGUGGGAGGGUUCAUGGAUGUCUAUGUGUCAGUGGCCUGCCAUCCAGGUCACUUCAUUGUCCAGCCUUGGAAAGAGAUACACAAUCUGGAAGCCCUAAUGGAGGAAAUGAUCCUGUACUACAGCAUGGCAGAAGAGAGACCAGUGAACAUUGGAACAAACAAGUUAUAUGCAGCUAAAAUUGAAAAUCGGUGGUACAGAGUGAUAGUAAAAGGAAUUCUUAGAAAAGGCUUUCUGUCGGUGUAUGUGCUGGACUAUGGUAAACAUGAGGUUAUCAGCAUAGAUAAAGUACAGCCACUCCUGGAUAAAUUCAGAAAGCUUCCUUUCCAGGCUAUAAAAGCUGAGCUUGCAGGAGUGAAAAGCCAGCAGUGGUCGGAAGAGGCGUCAAUAAUAUUUCGGAAUCGCGUAGAGAAGAAACCCUUGGUAGCACAGAUACAAGCAAUUAACGAGAGCACUAACUCUUGGGAUCGGAAAGUAGUCACUUACUUAGUGGACACAUCUAUUCCAGAUACCGACGUAUGGAUUCAUGACUUUGUGUGUCAGAGUCUUGCAGAACUUUCAGAGGCAGAUUAAUCGCCGCUUCUGAAACGUAGCAGCUCAGAUUCUGUAGCAAUAAAGUAAUAGGCUUCAAAGAGAGAUUUAACUGUUCUUGUAUUGCCUUGAAGAGAAUAAGGGGAUAAACUUCAAAAGCACGUGUUCUGUGAAAAAGAUCUGCUUAACAAGUUUGCUUUCUGUUGACUUCAGUUGACUUUAUGAAGUUUUGCACUUUGUUUACUACUGUAAUACUAGACCGUUUGGGUGGAAAUACUAAAAAAGUUAUUUAUCAAUAAAACAGUGCUGAACUAUU